ACAAAACUGACCUUUUUAAGCUUCUUCAUCCAUCUCUCUUUGUUUUAAUUUGGAGGAUCAUAGCAAUGGAGAGUAAGCAAAAGUUCCUCCAUGGAACACUUGAAGCCUCCAUCUUUGAAGCAACACCUUACACACCUUCAUUUCCCUUCAAUUGUAUGGUUGCAAAUGGAAAGCCAACCUACGUAACGAUCAAGCUGGAGAAUAAGAAGGUAGCAAAGACAACCCUGGAACGAGAUCGUGUAUGGAACCAAACAUUUCAAAUUCUGUGUGCUCACCCACCUGAUUCAAUCGUCACCAUUACAAUGAAAACAAAGUGUUCCAUCUUAGGCAAAUUCAGCAUCCAGGCAAGGCAAAUACUAAAGGACUCAAGUUUGAUCAAUGGCUUCUUUCCUCUCCAACUUGAAAAUGGUAAAACCAGCCCAGAAGUAAAGCUGAGGUUCAUGUUGUGGUUCAAACCAGCGGAGUUUGAACCAUCAUGGGGAAGAGUGAUUGACAGUGGAGGAUUCCAGGGGCUUAGAAACGCUACUUUUCCUCAACGCUCCAAUUGCAACGUGAAGCUUUAUCAAGACGUCCACCAUACCUCAGCUUUUCAGCCUCCAUUUUCUUCCUUCUCUUCUGCUCCAACAAAACUGUGGGAGGAUGUAUAUAAGGCCAUUGAGGGUGCUAAACAUUUGGUUUACAUUGCGGGCUGGUCUUUCAAUCCAAAUAUGGCUUUGGUCCGGGAUCCUGAAACAAGUAUUCCACAUGCAAGAGGGGUAAAGCUUGGUGAAUUGUUGAAACGAAAAGCUGAAGAAGGUGUAGCAGUGAGGAUCAUGCUUUGGAACGAUGAAACUUCCUUACCAUUUAUCAAGAACCAAGGAGUAAUGAGAACGCAUGAUGAAGACGCUUUUGCAUAUUUCAAACACACCAAAGUUGUAUGCAAAUUAUGCCCAAGACUGCACCAUAAGUUCCCCACACUCUUUGCUCACCAUCAAAAGACCGUGACAGUUGAUACCAGAGCCGCCCACGGUUCGUUGAUCAACGACAGAGAAAUCAUGAGCUUUGUCGGUGGAGUUGAUCUCUGUGACGGCCGAUACGACACCGAACAACAUUCGUUGUUUCGAACACUUAACAUGGAAUCUCAUUGUUUCGACUUCUAUCAAACCAACAUCUCAGGGGCUAGCCUUCACAAAGGAGGGCCAAGGGAGCCAUGGCAUGACGCCCACGCAUGUAUCACUGGGGAAGCAGCUUGGGAUGUGCUUGCCAAUUUCGAGCAACGCUGGAAUAAGCAAUGUGACCCUUCUUUAUUACCGCCUAUAAACUCAAUACCCAAUCUCAUACGACAGCCCUUUUCUUCAAGCAACCCUGACGAGAGUGACGACCGGAAUUGGAAGGUACAAGUUUUUAGAUCAAUCGACCAUGUGUCGACGAACCAAUUGUCUAAAAACUUAACUGUGGAGCAAAGCAUCCAUGAAGCAUACGUAGAAGCAAUAAGGCGAGCUGACAGAUUCAUAUAUAUAGAAAAUCAAUAUUUCAUAGGGGGGUGUCAUUUAUGGGAUAAAGAUAAGAAGUCAGGGUGUAGAAACUUGAUUCCAAUAGAGAUUGCACUUAAAGUGGCAAGCAAAAUCAAAGCGAAAGAGAGGUUUGCAGUGUAUAUAUUGAUACCAAUGUGGCCUGAAGGAGUGCCUGAGAGCGAACCGGUACAUGAUAUACUGCAUUGGACAAGGCAAACAAUGGAAAUGAUGUAUAGAUUGAUUAGUGAAGCCAUAAAAGAAAGCGGUGGACAAGAACACCCCUGUGAUUACUUGAACAUCUUUUGUCUUGCAAAUAGGGAAAAGGAGAGCAAAGAAGAGUUCGUUCCUCCACAAUCCCCUCACCCUUCCACACAAUACUGGAAGGCGCAAAAGCAUAGGAGGUUCAUGGUUUAUGUCCACUCCAAGGUGAUGAUAGUGGAUGAUUUAUACAUUCUGAUAGGAUCCGCCAAUGUGAACCAAAGAUCCAUGGACGGUCAACGAGACACAGAAAUUGCAAUCGGAUGCUAUCAGUUGCCACCGGGGAAUCCUGAAAUCAAUUCUGCAACUCCUAGAAGUAUCCAUGAUUAUCGAAUGGCCUUAUGGUAUGAGCAUACCGGACUUGCUGAUGACAUACUCAUGGAGCCGCAGAGCCUGGAAUGCGUGCAAAAAAUACGUUCAGUAGGUGACCAAAUGUGGCAAAUCUAUGCAAAUGAAGACGUAGCGGACAUGGAAGGAGUUCACCUUGUCACUUACCCUGUUAAUGUCACAGUCGAUGGUUUGGUUGAGGAUGUUGUUGGCGGUGAUGGGAAUUUCCCAGACACGAAUACACCAGUCAAAGGAAGACGAUCCAAAGUGCUACCACCGGUAUUUACAACCUAGAUGUAAAGAAUUUUACAUAUGGCUGAAUUUGAAAAUCCAACUCACCCCUAAAUUGUAACCAUGUAAUUUAUUUGUUAUGAAA